ACUCAGUAACGCUGGAACCCAUUCGAGGGGGCCUGGGGCCCCUCAUCCCAAGCCAGGAGGGCUUUGGGGGAGGGGUGCAGCCCUUGGCAGACUCGUCGUGUGGUCAAGGGGGCUGGGGGUUGCCAGGGAGGUGGGGGCCAACCUCCUAGGAGGAGGCACGAGUGUGGUUCUCUUUCUCCCGCUGGGGGUGCUGUGGGGCCGGCGGCGGGGUGGGAGGCCUCGGUGGCAGAGCCUGUGGUGCUGGGCAGUGUCUGGCAGCAGGGGCACCAUGGGCACCAUCCAGUCGGAGACCGACUGUUAUGACAUCAUUGAGGUGCUGGGCAAGGGCACCUUCGGGGAGGUGGCCAAGGGCUGGCGACGAAGCACAGGCGAGAUGGUGGCCAUCAAGAUCCUCAAGAAUGACGCCUACCGCAACCGCAUUAUCAAGAAUGAACUAAAGCUGCUGCGCUGCAUGAGGGGCCUGGACCCAGAGGAGGCCCAUGUUAUCCGCUUCUUGGAGUUCUUCCAUGAUGCUCUCAAGUUCUACCUGGUCUUUGAGCUGCUAGAGCAAAACCUUUUCGAGUUCCAGAAGGAGAACAACUUUGCGCCCCUCCCUGCCCGCCACAUCCGUACAGUCACCCUGCAGGUGCUCAGAGCCCUGGCCCGGCUCAAGGAGCUGGCCAUCAUCCACGCCGAUCUCAAGCCUGAGAACAUCAUGCUGGUGGACCAGACUCGCUGCCCCUUCAGGGUCAAGGUGAUCGACUUCGGCUCGGCCAGCAUUUUCAGCGAGGUGCGCUACGUGAAGGAGCCAUACAUCCAGUCGCGCUUCUACCGGGCCCCCGAGAUUCUGCUGGGGCUGCCCUUCUGUGAGAAGGUGGAUGUGUGGUCACUGGGCUGUGUCAUGGCUGAGCUGCACCUGGGCUGGCCCCUCUACCCGGGCAACAACGAGUACGACCAAGUGCGCUAUAUCUGUGAGACCCAGGGCCUGCCCAAGCCCCAUCUGCUGCACGCCGCCCGCAAGGCCCACCACUUCUUCAAGCGCAACCUCCACCCUGAUGCCACCAACCCCUGGCAGCUCAAGUCCUCGGCUGACUACCUGGCUGAGACCAAGGUGUGUCCACUGGAGCGCCGCAAGUACAUGCUCAAGUCAUUGGACCAGAUCGAGACAGUGAAUGGUGGUGGAGCAGCCAGUCGGCUGAGCUACUCGGACCGGGAGGUAAUGGCCGAGCAUGCUGACCUCAAGAGCAUGGUAGAGCUGAUCAAGCGCAUGCUGACAUGGGAGUCGCAUGAACGCAUCAGCCCCAGCGCGGCCCUGCGCCACCCCUUCGUGUCCAUGCAGCAGCUGCGCAGCGCCCACGAGACCACUCACUACUACCAGCUCUCUCUGCAUGGCUGCCGCCUCUCGCUGCAGGUGGAGAGCAAGCCACCCACACCCGUUGUGACUGCCACAGAAGAUGGGCCCCCUUACUACCGUCUGGCUGAGGAAGAGGAGGCCAUGGGCAUAGGCAGUGUGGCAGGCAGUGGGCCCUUCUUCCAAGAGGAGAAGGUGCCAGGCAUGCAAAGAGCCAUCGACCAGCUGGAUGACCUGAGUCUGCAGGAGACAGGCCAUGGACUGUGGGGUGAGACUCGCGCUGAUGUGGCCUCCAACACGCUGGCACCGCUCAAGGCAGCCACUUCUGGCCUCCGGGUACCCAACCUGGGCCCUGAGCCCAUUCUGGCUUUCUAUGGCAGCCGCCUGUCUGGCCACUACAAGGCCCGCAAGCCACCCUCAGGCUCCAAGUCUGACUCCAACUUCAGCAACCUCAUCCGGCUGAGCCAGGCCUCACCUGAGGAUGAUGGGCCCCGCCGGGGCAGUGGCUGGGAGGAAGGAGAGCGCUGCAGGGCCUCUGCUGAGCCGCCUGCCAUCCCACAGCGGGACGGGGAUGGGCCCAACAUCAAGGAUAUGACCAUGGACACUGAGAAGUCAGGCCCUGAGCUCUUUGACCCCAGCAGCUCUCCUGGAGAAUGGCUGAGUGAGCCAGACUGGACCCUGGAAGGCGUCAGGGGGCCACGGGCUCAGGGGCUCCCACCUCGGCACCCCCACCCACGUGGUCUGCCCCUGGCCACCAGCUUUCUGCAGCACGUUGGUGGGCACCACUGAUGGUGAUCCUACCCCUGCCCAUCACUGGGGGCUGUGCUAGCUGGGCUGGUAUCCUUUGUCAACCUGAACUGUCCCUCAGAGCCAUUCCCAGAACUUAUAUUCUUACAGAAAGAUAGUUAUCCAGAAAUUUCCCUUUCCCACCCUUCCACAGCGCAUGCCUGCACACACACCUCGAACACAGGAGGGCCUUGGGGUCUGGCCAGCGGCCCCCUGGGCCAGGGCGAUGGCAGGAAGGGGCUGCAACCUGCUGACUCUGAGCCCACCCUUGGCCCUGUUGCCUCUGCCUAUUUCAAUAAAGAGCUGUUCAGCA